UCCUUUUACGCUCACUUCUAUUGUCUCUUACUAUUUCAAAACUCCAAACUCCAAAACCAUCCCGACUUUGUCAUCAGCCAACCCAAGACCACCGACCUUCCGGCAGCGUUUUCCGGCAACCCGACACCGUCCUUCUUUCUUUCUCAAUCGUUUAGUUCUGGCAUUGGCAAGGUGUGACAAUCUUGAAAAUGUUUUUUCUGGGGUGAAAUUCAUUAUCCGUUAUCAGGACUACAUAAUAAAUGCUUCUCUUCGGCACCAUGAAAUGAAAGCACCUAAAGUUCAAGAUUCUUUAUCUUGGGGAAAAAAGUACAAAAGCCAGUUUUUUGGUACUGAGAUAAUCUCCGCAGCAGCAUCUAGCUUAAAUAAAUUUGCUAAUGACGGAAGCUUUAUGCGUGAGUUAUUUAGUAAGGAGAGUGGCAAUUCCGAUGGCUCUAUUUUGGAAAGUUUUGAAGCCGAAAAAGGUUUUUUCAGAUGUAAACACACCUGGUGAAUGAAAGGCAGUAGUGAAGAAUAAGAUGAGUGCAAACCAGUUGAAAGAAUGAAGAAGCUGACAAGCUAAUGGAAGAAGCAAAGGUUUUGAACACAAAGGAGGGAAAUGAAGAAGAUCAUACAAUUAGAUCAAGAACCGAUGGAAGUUCUAGAAGGUAUGCUAUGCAGAGGAUAUCUGCUGAACAGAAGAAAGGAGAAGACGAUGCUGAUAUGCAUCUUGCUUGUAAUAUAAUGCAGAACAAGCAAUUUAAGGUUUCUACGCAGGUAGAUGAUGAAUACAACUUUGAAGAUUGUCAAAGCAGAAAGAGUAGAAAGAGGCCAGGAGCAGGUUAUAGGGACAUAUUGAGAUCCAAGUGCAGACAAAGAAAAAUUUCCCUCCAAAAAAAGGUUCCCACAAGUCAUAAUGUCACAAGAGAAACACUGUGUACCAAAAUUGAUGAAUCAAGAGGAUUGUAAGGUUUCUCUCUUAGAUAUCCCUGAUGUGAUACUGGAUUGCAUUCUCAAGCGCCUUCCACCAUUAGAUUUGUUCAGAGUAUCACAAGUGUGUACUUAUUUGAGAAAUAUUGGCAGAAGCGAUGAUUUGUGGGAGACACAUAUUGAGCAUAAAUGGAGUAAGUUAGUAGGUAAUGAUGCUCACCAUGAGUGGCAAUGGCAUACAACAAAAAUAAUAAAUGAAGGAAGUAUAAUAUUUUUACCUGAAAACAAAGAAAAUUUAUUGUUACAACAAAGUCUGAGUGGAUCUUGUGGAACUAUUAGUGGUGACUCUCCAUUUCUACGCCUUCAUUCUUAUUUGAAAAGUUAUAAGGGCUUGAAUGGUUUGAUUAGAAAUUAUUCGAAAAUGGCAUUGUAUAUUUGUCUUGAGACUGGCCGCUUCUGUUUUCCUGCACAAGUUUAUAAGGCCACUCGGUUUACAUUAUACUGUUAUGAUGCCCUUGUAUGUUAUGACUCUAAAACAGACACUUUCCGAGCAAGGUCUCCAAAUGGUGGGCGACAUAUGAUUGAGAAAGAUAUUCAUUGGGAUAGGUUGAGAAAGCCACCACAUAAUACUUUUCUAGUUGAUUUUUAUCAUUCAAAUUGUCUGAAUGAUUUGAAACCAGGAGAUCAUAUUGAGAUUCAGAAGAGAAGAAGAAGAGCACUCCCUUACUGUGAGUGGUGGUAUGCUGUAGUUUGUCAUUUGGGAUCAUGUGAUAAGGACAUCAAUCACUGCUCUUGCCGAAAUAGUGACACAUUGGUACUGGAGUUCAAUCAAUACAGCCACACUGUCACAUAUUCAUUAACUAGAUCAGCUAUUAACAGCAAAGUGUAUGUGGAGCUAACUUGUCUCGCUGGAAUCAGAAAACUUACCGAUGAUGAAGAGAUUAUAAAGUGGAAAAACCUCAUUUUUACUAGAAAUCAAGAGCUCCGACUAGCUGAAUGAGUAGAAUAUGCUAUCUAUUUCAAUUUAAAACUGUUUUUAUUUUUAGUUGCUUAAGUUAAAUAGAAUUGUACUUCUUAAGUAAUUUCUCACAUUUGGUUAAGUCUUAAAUAAUUUCAAACUAUUGAAGAGAAUUAAGCGGGAUUAAUGAGGCACUGCAUGUGGAUGAUAAAAGCAACUUGUUAAUUGUUUUCUUGGUUUAAAAUAUUGUGGUUUGUUUAUGAUCUUUUCAA